AUGAAGUCGGAAACGAGAGACUGGAUAUAUCUUGAUCCUAUAAAAAUAAGACGUAAUACAUUAUUCGAGAAUACUGAUUAUGGUUUUCAUGAUAAUUGCCUUUUCGCAUCGUCUCCUUAUGGAGGCUGUAUAGCAUAUGCAUUUCCAAAUACUUCAUUUUGGAUUAUAACGAUAAAAACAAAUGCAGGAAAGCUGCUUUCAACUUUCAAAGCUCACAAUGUUCAUUCAAUAUAUUGGACUCGUUGUCACAGACUCGUAAUAGUCAAUGUUCGUGGACGUGUUCAUGUUUAUACCCCUCUUGGCAAGCUUAAAUAUCAAUUCGUUAUGGAUGAGGAAAUAACGGUUGUUGAAACACGCAUAUACUAUGGAGGAGUAGGUAAUACUGGUAUAGCAGUACUAUCCGAAAAUAAUCGAAUUUAUGCUGUCAACUCAGUUAUGGAAGCCGUACCAUGGCGCGUUCCUGACAUUGCAAAAUCUAAUCUUCUUUCUACCUGGAAUGUUCUGACCUUUGUUAAUGUAACUAUUCUUUCUGUUAUUGGUACUGCAUUUUAUGCGAGUAUGCAAGGCUUAGCACCACAGCUUUUAGAACUACCAUGGAAAAUUGAUUCUGGAGAAUAUAUAAACAUUAUUCCAAAUUGGGAUAGUACUAGAAUCGCGUUACUUCAUUCUAGUUUUAUCGUUCAAAUUAUUGAUUCUGAUUUUUCUCUUCUUUUUACUUUAUCGCUUUCUGCUGUCGAUAAUGUUCGUGCGAUAUCAAAUAUUGUGUGGUGUGGUAAUGAAGUACUUUCUAUGAAACAUUCUCGUCAUUCUGUUUUUUUGAUUUCGGUAUGCUCAAAAAGCCAUGUAUAUGAUUUUGAAACUUGCGUAGAAAUCGACAUGGAGCUUGAUGGUAUCAAAGUAUUCACUUCUAAUCAACUCAUUCUUUUAUCCCAAGUUCCAGAUGCAGUUGACUGUGUGUUAAGUGUUGCAUCAGUGCAACCCGGUGCAAUUUUAUACGAUGCUUCAGAAAAGCUCGUUGAAGGGACUUACGGUGUAUAUGAAUAUAUUCAGAUGAUCGAAAGUCAAAUGGAAGAUGCUAUACAACAAUGUCUUUUGGCAGCAGCGCACCAGUUUGACUCAGUAUUACAGAAGAAAAUGCUAAGGGCAGCAUCACUUGGAAAAUCACUCGUAAAGAGACAAGAUGCUUCUCAGUUUGUUGAUUUGUGCCGUUUAACGAGGGUUUUGAAUUUCUUGCGAAAGCCUUAUAUUGGAUUUGGAUUAUCAUUUGCACAGUCAGAAGAACUGAAAAUAGGUUCACUGAUUGAUCGUCUUAUAGAUUUGGGACAGUGGGCUGCUGCAAUAUCUAUAAGUCGAUACAUGAAAGUGCCUUCAAAAGAUGGGGUUCACCGGAUUUUAGCUUACUGGGCACUGAAAACAAUCGAAAUCGCAAAAGUAGCGAAAGAAUCAGGAAAGGCACCGAAUUUCAAGUCUCUUUCAGAAGUAAUCGUCAGCAAAUUUAUUGGUUAUCCUGAAGUGAGCUUUGCAGAUGUGGCAAUGAAAGCUGCUGAUGCUAAUUUAAAUGAGUUAGCUGAACUUUUACUAGAUAGAGAAACAUGUCUUAGUAGACAGGUCGAAGUACUUAUGAAGCUCAAUAAAGUUGACCGUGCUUUAGCAAAAGCUGCUAAGAGUCAGCAACCAGAUCUUUUGCACUAUGUCUUGACUUAUUUGAAAAGAACGGAGAAAAAGGAAAUCAUUGAUCAUCUUGUAUUGAAAUUACCGCAGGCUCUUUGUCUUUAUCAAGAUUAUUUGAAAGAUGAAGCACCACGUCAUCUUUUAGCAUUAUAUGUGCAGAAAGAUGACUUUGCUCGUCAGUCUCUCUAUUAUUUAAAAGAAUCUGAGUUAACGCCGUGGAAUCCAUUUGAUAACAAAGAUAAAAUAGAAGAGUUAUUGAAAGCAGAAACAAGUUUGAAUAAACUGAAGGAACACACAACAGCUCAGUUAGUUGCAGAAACUGGUGAGUUAUUUCGUAUAUGUGAGGCGUUGGAUGGGAAGCCUGAUUUUAUUGAUGUAGAUAGAACAAGUGUUAGGUCGGUUUAUAUCUGGGCUGUAGGACACCAUGAAGACAUUUUGGUUGAACAACUCAAAAAAAAAUUCAAAUUGACUGAAAAAGUUGGAGAGAGUUACUGCAUUCUAUUAGGAUUUUUCAUCAUAUUAAGAAGAGAUUUUUCUAGGUCAUACUUAUGGAAAGUUGAAGGCUUUGCUCGAAAUAAUUUAUGGCAUCAUCUUGAAAAUUUAUUCAAAACCAAAAAAAUCUUAACUAACUGCAUGGCAAGUCCAACUUUUUAUUAUCUUUUUUACUUCCACAGAUUUACAUUUCCACUUUUUCUUACAACUUCCAGUAUUUUAACUGUUUAUUUUCAGCCAUUUAUUGAAGCUUGUGCGCGUUAUGGAAAUGAAUCAUUAUGUAGAUCCUUCAUUGAGAAACUUACAAAUCCAGUCGAUGUAGUCGAAAGCUUACUCUUAUUAAAGAAACCCGUUGAAGCUGCUAAUUAUGCUGCUGAUAAAAAGCUGUUCGUUAUGCUAGAAAAAAUCAACGUUCGUUACCGGGCAGAUAAAGAAAUUUCACCCCUUAUUUCCCAGAUCGUGAAUGAUACGAAAAAAAUUUAG